CCCGCAGGCUGCACUGUUUCCUGAAACGCAUACUUCAGGAUUGAGAACACACCCAGUGACAUCAGGGAGGUUUGAAGAAGAAAGAGAGAGAGAGAAAAAAGUCUCGACUCAAACUGCAGAGGUGGAAGAAGAGGGCCGAAAGGUCCYGCCAGCUUUUUUUCUGUCGGAGUUACGGCUGUUUGUCUCGGCGGAGAGUUUGUAAAGUGGACGUAGAAGAAAGCAGGACCGCCAAGUUUUUUUUUUCGAGUUUUUGUUUUGUUUUCGAGAGAAGCGUGGAGCGCAGACAGUGUCUGUAAAAGAGGAGGAGGAUGUCAACUUCAGAUGAGACAGACGGGCUGCGGCCGAGAUACGGCUCCGUCCUGGAUGGUGUGGAGCGACUCACGGCGGAGGAGAUGGACGAGCGGCGGCAGCAGAACAUGGCCUACGAGUAUCUCUGUCAUYUGGAGGAAGCCAAAAGAUGGAUGGAGGCCUGCCUGGAUGAGGAGCUGCCCCCAACUACAGAGCUGGAGGAGGGGCUGAGAAAUGGUGUUUAUCUGGCCAAAUUGGCCAACUUUUUUGCCCCACAGACCGUUUCCCUGAAGAAGAUCUAUGACAGAGAGCAGACGAGAUACAAGGCGACAGGUCUUCAUUUCAGACACACAGAUAAUGUCAUCCAGUGGCUCAAUGCCAUGGCAGAGAAGGGGCUGCCAAAGAUUUUCUACCCCGAAACCACCGACAUAUAUGACCGAAAAAACAUGCCCCGCUGCAUCUACUGCAUACACGCUCUCAGUCUGUACUUGUUCAAGUUGGGUUUGGCCCCUCAGAUCCAGGACUUGUAUGGAAAAGUUGAUUUCACGGAGGAGGAGAUCAACAACAUGAAGAGUGAGCUGGAGAAGUAUGGGAUCCAGAUGCCCGCCUUCAGCAAGAUUGGCGGCAUCCUGGCCAAUGAGCUUUCAGUGGAUGAAGCUGCAUUACAUGCUGCUGUGAUUGCCAUCAAUGAGGCCAUAGAUCAGGGCGUACCGGAGGGCACGCUGGCYGCCAUGCAAAACCCCAACGCCAUGCUCAACACCCUGGAUCCCAGCUCGGCACAGCAGUACCACGACACCCUUUACCGGGCCAAGGGGGAGAAGGUGGCCAACUCCCGCAAACGGGUAAGCGGGGGUGUUCAUCACACAGAUAAGAUUAAUUUAGCACGAGUCGUUUGCAGCAGUUAAU